UCGCUGCUAGCGGCUAACCUAGCUCCUGUGUGGUCAUCUGGGACCUGGUUUCUUCUUGGCGGCUCCCUGCACAAACGAGAACAUGCUGUUGUAGAGCAAGAACUAUUUGCACAAGGCGUGGUGUAGUUUACCCAUGCGAGCCAUAUAAGCUAUUGGGCUGACGAGCGGGAGCAUUUAUUUUAGUGAAAUGCUGUGGACAUGAUGACCAUCGGCGUUACUGCUAACGUGGCUAGUUAGCCUAGUCGGCUAGGUAGCUGGGCCGUAAGCUGCGGAUGAAACACGGCAGCGGGAAGCGGAGCCAGUUCACGUUAGCUAGCUGGUGGACUCGCGUUACCACUUCCCCCCCCAGCGUCCUUAGACCAGCGCUAACGUCGCCCACGUCGGACCCGAGGCGACCAUUCGCUUUGCACUUAGUGAGCGUGGCUAACGGAAUCGUAUUUAUCGCGCUAACACAGUAGGUUGGUUGCUCACAGUAGCGCCUCGUCUCCUCGUAGCAGACUUGCAGGUCGGUAGCUAGCUGGCAGUCACCGGGCAUUGUGCGCCAUGUAGCCGUGGCGUGCUAACCAUCCAGCGGGGACGUUUGAGGCUGGUCGUAACGUUACAGGCAACGUUUGAGCGGACCAGUUGUGGCUGAUCUCACGCAGUCGUGGUAUGGAAGAUGGUAAAGAGAGCGUGGUUGUGAGUAAGAGACUGGCUUAGUUCGCUUUCCACACAGGAGUCGUAGACGACGGGGCCUCGUAGAUUGCAGCGAGUUUGGGACAUUUCAUCUGAUUUGAUGAUGCUUGUUCAAAGCAUGUAAAGUUGGCGAAGUUUGGAGAGCAACGAUGUGACGCCACUGAGCUGGUUAGCCAUUUUGAGUUCACGAGUCGGUGGCGGGCAGCGUUAGCCAGCAACAUGAACAAUUCAGGAGGGUUUGCACAAGAAAAGAUGGAACUGGAUCUGGAAAUCUCAUCUUCUCUAUCUCAGACCGAGGGACUCUUGAGACGAUCCAACAGUGCACCCAUGAUAAAUGGCUUAAGUGAUAACUCCCAAGUGUUCCAGAGAGAGGUCCUGCGUAGCCGGAGAAAUAGCACUACAGUUGUCAACAGGCCAAACAUGGUCCCUUCUUCACCCAUCCGCGUCCCCAGCACCAGGCUUCAUCAGAUAAAACAAGAGGAGGGUGUAGAUGUGAUGAACAGAGAAACUGCUCAUGAGCGGGAGAUUCAAGCUGCUAUGCAAAUGAGCCAGUCCUGGGAAGAAAGUCUCAGCCUGAGUGACAAUGAUUUGGAGAAGUCGGCGUCUUCGUCUCCGAAGCGCAUCGACUUUGUUCCCGUGUCGCCCGCGCCUUCUCCAACCAGAGGGAUCGGAAAAAAGCAGUGUUUCUCUCCAUCGCUACAAAUCCUUGUGAGCAGCAAUGGGCUGACGCCCAGCCCAGUGCCCAGUCCAACGCGGCGCUUCAGCCGGCGCAGUCAAAGCCCAAUCAACUGCAUCCGAGCCAGCAUACUUGGGCCAAUGAAGCGCAAAGGUGAGAUGGAGACGGAGAGUCAGCCCAAGAGGCUCUUCCAGGGCACCACCACCAUGCUCUCCUCUGACGUCUCCAACCUGUUGGAGCUCAGUUCCUGUGAAAGUAUUGAAGCCUGCCGUCUUGCUGAACUAGCCCCUUUUCCUUUCAGCCACUCUCCAGAAAUGCUGGAUGGCAGUCUCAGCAGCGUUGGAUCCUCCACGGACUCGCCAGGCAAAAUGGAGGGAGUGUCUCCUUCCUCGUCCAGCAAUUCGCCCUUCGCGUCCCUCCAGGAUCUGUCCCCAAAGUGAGCACGGCUUCGCGAGAGACUGGAAGAAGAAGAAGAAAAAGCCUCUCUCUGGGGAGCAACGUUUCCCUCGCGGACCCUCGCAUCUCACCAUCGUCUAGAUUUAGUAGACAUUUCCCAUGUUUAUGUCCGCGCGGCUGUUUUCAUGACUCCAUUUUGGAGGGUCUAGGUGCGUUUUUGAAUUAAGGGAAAGAAAGCCAUGGAUACGUUUGAGUGUGGACGACGUAAACCUAGCGUUAGUAGAAAUGACUGAAGACACUGAGCACCAGCUGCUAGUAGAGGAUCUUGGAUUGGUGCUUGGCUUCAUAGUGUUCAUAAGUGGCUCUGCUUUUGUCAGACCAGUUCCCCCUCACUGGAGAGAGACAAUGAGCAAUGGACAUAACAAAGGCAAUUUGGAUGUGUACAUUUCCCCUGUUUUUGUGCUGGAAACGUUAGUCCACAGGCCCUUUUGUAUGUACAGUCUGCAGAUUUUGUAAGAAAAUAUUUAACUUAUUGUUUUCCUGCUUUUGUUUCUAAUUAUGUACAUAUUAACCGUGUCAGAUGUUGUACAUAGUUUAAAGUUUGACUGGCUGUGAGGUGAAUGUGUGCACAGGUCUUACACGGCAGAUGUUGUCUUUGUAAAGGAUCAAACUACUUUGGGGGAUUUCCUUACUGUUAAACUGUAUAGAAGUUGUGUUUUCUUCAUAUUUUUACAAUAUGGGCGAUUAAUUGUGGGGAUUGUUUGUCAGAUUGGCUUCCAUAACCCCCUUUCCUCAUGACUUUUAAUUGCCGAGUAUGAUCAACUCAUGCACCUGUGGAUGAAAAAACAAAAGAUGGUCGUCACUGUUGUGCUCUGAACACUAAAGGUUCCUCUGUAUCCUGUGUUUUUGUCAGGUUUUGUAGAUAAGCGGAGUAUAGACAAUAUUUUCUUUCUACUGGGGAAAUGUUCUUAUUUAUGAAGAGAAAAAAAACAAUUUAUUAUAAGAAUCGGCCGGCGAGAGGUUUCUAACCAUUUGUGUUGUCGUUUACAGCUAAUCAGCACAAACUAAAUGGCACCGUCACAUUGUGAGUUAGAGACUGCUGUGGUUACUUUUAUUCAAAUAGCUUUUUGCACAGGAUAUGCAAUCCUGUGACGUUUCCGCCCGUGUGUACUGUGUAAGCAGGGCAGAAGUGAAACUUGACUCGGAUAACAUGAUCCAAGAAUGCAGUAACGCCUGUACUGUGGUUUUUUGUUUUUGCACCUACAUUUGCUUCCAACUGUCAAGGCCCAGUGUCCAUAUCAUCUGGUUUUUAAACAUAUGAACCCUUUCAUGGCUCUACUGUAGCCUUUAAUGUGUUAAAAAAAAAAAAGUGUGCCCUUUUAAAGUGUUUUUGCUGCUGUUUUUGUUUUUUAACUUGAGUUUUUCCCUUGAUACAAAUCAGAAAAUGUGUAUAUUGACAAGCCCUGCUGUCAAGAUAUUUGAUAUUUUUCUGGCAUGAAUUCAGCAAAUAAAACCGUGAACUGCAAUGGAAAUGCUGUAAUCUGCCACGCUGGCUCACAACUUGUCUUUGCUUGUGUCCUUUUGUGACUGUCGCGGCCGUCAGGACUAAAUAAAUUA